CUCGACUUUACAUUCAUGAGCACGAUAAACAUUACGGAGAGUACAUAGUUUCAGUAUAAAGCGUUACUUUUUUUAUACGACGACUCUACGAGCUCUUGAGCAAGUGAGAAUGUCAGUACCUCCAAGACCAGACCCCCCUGUUGUUGGGAAGGUAACUCACCACAGUGUUGAGCUAUAUUGGGACAAAGCGGGUGAAGGCGAGACAAAAAAAGGAGAUGGAAGAAUACGUUUUUCGAUACAGGAAGAUGAAAAAGUUGGAGGAUGGGGCAACGUUUACACUGGUUAUGCAAAGAAUCAUUUAUUUGAUGGUUUAGAAUCCAGAACAGAAUAUAGAUACAGAUUACGUGCAGCUAAUUCCCAUGGUUACAGUGAAUGGAGUCCAUCAGUAACUGUAUCAACUACGAGGGAGCCAUUGACAGGUGAACAUCUUCAUAGAGCAUUUGCUUAUCAGGAAGAUCUAGUUAAAGUCCGUCACAUUCUUGACAGCGGAGAAGUUCAAGUUGAUGUACCUGAUAAGUAUGGACUAAGUCCACUGAUGAGUGCUGCACAAAAAGGAUAUCUCAAUAUUGUGGAGCUGCUGAUAGAAUAUGGGGCUGAUGUAAACUUCCAGAAUGACAGUGGAAAAAAUGCUUUGAUGUUAUCUUGCUUUGCUGGUCAUAUUGAAGUUGUAAAGCUAUUGAAAUCACAUGGUGCUCAGUGGGAUGUACGUGAUAAAGGUGGCUCUACUCCUAUGCAUUGGGCAGUUGACAGUGCUAAUACACAAUUGUUGAGAUGGAUUAUAUUAGAUGGAUGCCCUGUGGAUAUCAGAGAUAGAAAUUCUGGUUGGUCACCGUUGAUGAGAGCAUGCACACUUGGUGGUAAUACAGAGGUAGCUAAAACACUAAUCAAUGCUGGAGCUAAUGUAAAUACAAAAGACAAUGAUGGCAAAACACCACUUAUGAUUGCAGCAUUAAAUGGCCACCUGUCACUUGUAGAGCUUCUGAUUCAAAAGGGCGCUGAUGUUCAUGUGAAAAAUGAAUUUGGAAAGACAGCCAUAGAUUUUGCUGGUUCCUUUGACCGCAGAAGAGUUUCUAAAUUUUUUGAAGAACUAAAACUAAAAGAAAAAGCGAAGAAAAAGGAAUUGGUCUCUUGAGAAAAAUACGUGGAGUAAACAGCGCCACCAUGAGUUCAGAUUUAGAUUAUUUAUGCAAAUUAGUGAC